AUGUGCCUCCGGAGGAGCCACCCGCUACCAUAUGCACCCAACAUAAGGCUCGGCAACAACAAGCAGCACUCGCAGCUCGCAUCAGGUGAAGGAUCGGUACGCAGCCCCUGCAGCGCCCGGGGACGCCGCUGCCCGCAGGCCCCGGCGCGGGGGGCGCGGAGCGGCGCGGGGGCCCCGAGCCCGGCCGGGCUUUGGGCGGCGCCGCUGCCGCGGUGCCCGGGGAGCUUCGGCCGGCGCCGCCCGGGAGAGGCCGCGCGGCGGAGCCGCCCCAGCACCGGGGGCCGGCGGGGCCGGGCCGGGCGGGCGCCCCGGGUCACCGUGGAGCAGGAAGGUGCGCAGGAAUUCCCGCAGGCGCAGUCCCGGCCCCGCCGCGCUGCCCGGGCUGCCCGCACACGGGUCACGGGGGGGCGGCCGCAGCCCCCGACACCGCCCCGCGCUGCUCCCGACACCGCCCCGGGCUACCCCCGACACCGCGGUCGGCCCGGCCCGGCCCCGCCGGGGCACCGCGGCCACGGUCCCGGGCACCGCCGCCUCGCCUCCCCCCGGCCGGGGCUCCCCCCGGCCCCAGCCCCCGCCGGCGCCUCCCGAGCGGCCCAGGGGCUGCCCCGGGCGCUGCCGCCCUCCGCGCCGCGUCCCCCCGGCGCGGCGGGCGCUGCCAGCCCGGUGCCCGCCCGGCCGGGCCCGCGGGCCGCGCUGCGGGGCUCGGGCGGGGGGGGCCGGGCCGGGCCGCGGGGCUCGGCGGGGUCGGCGCGGCGCUCACUCACCUGCCCGCGACAGCCCCGGGCCCCGCGCCGAGCGCUCCGGAAACGGCGGCGGCUCCGCCGGGGCCGGGGAGGGGCCGGCGAGGGGCGGGCGGAGCCGCGAGUGACAGCGGGAAGGGGCGGUGGGAGCGGGCGGGCGGCGCCGGCCGCGGGCAGCGGGGCCGAGGGGGCGGCGGGGACGGCCCCGGCACCGCGGGGUUCGGCGGGGGCGCGGAGAGCCCGGGACCGGCCCCGGAUGCAGCGUCCCGGUUCAGGAGAGCUGGUCGAGGUGGAGAUCGCCGGCGGCACCUCCAUCGCGUGUGUAAACAGCGACAGCAGGGCAGUUCGGAAUUCCCUUUCAGGAUGGUUUGGCAGCUCCUGGGCAGGGAAGGACCAGGCGGGCCCCACACGCGGGUGGCGAAUUCUCGGUGCGGUACCGCCAUCUCUCGGCACCGCUCCGCGCAGCAGCGCAGCGCCCGCAUCCCGCACCCUGCAUCCCGCGCUCCGCAUCCCGCAUCCCGCGCUCCUUAUCCCGCAUCCCGCGCUCCGCACCCUGCAUCCCGCACCCUGCAUCCCGCGCUCCGCGUCCCGCAUCCCGCGCUGGACAUUCCCGCACUCCGCAUCCCGCCCUCCGCAUCCCACACUCUGCAUCCCGCACUCCUCACCCCGCAUUCCUCAUCCCGCGCUGGACAUUCCCGCACUCCGCAUCCCGCACCCUGCAUCCCGCGCUCCUUAUCCCGCGCCCUGCAUCCCGCACUUCUCAUCCCGCAUCCUGCACUCCGCAUCCCGCGCUCCUUAUUCCGCAUUCCGCAUCCCGCACUCGACAUUCCUGCAGUCCGCCCUCUGCAUCCCGCACUCUGAAUCCCGCUCUCCUCAUCCCUCACUCCGCAUCCCGCGCUGGACAUUCCUGCGCUCCCGCAGCCCCGCUCUCGGCGCUCCCGAGCUCCCCCGCAGUCCCGCUGGAUGCGAUUCCCGCCGGCUGCUCCCGGGAGCGGAGUUUCCCCGGCCGGACUCGCCCGGCGCUGCCGGGGCUCCAGCCCUGCUCGCACGGCUCACACCCUCCUCCGCACCGCGGGCUGCUUCCAGGGCAAAGCCUGCGGGCACCGUGCAGGGCUGUAUCAGCUGCUCCAACCCCUCCAAAGUGCUCUCAUCCCCGCCGCCCCCGCGCCGGGACCCGCAGGCCGCUCCUCCCCGUCUGGCGCGGCACGGAGGGAAUCCCACGGCGGAGGGCGGGGACGAGGCCGGGCCGGGCUCGGCCGGGGCGGGGCGGCCGCAGGAGGCCGCGUCGCUGCUAUAA